AUGCUCAUCAUGGCCGCUGGCUUUGUGCUGCCCGCGCUCUCAGCAUACGCGGGCCCCAUCGCCCUGGGCGGCACGCUGUUCUACAUCCUGAGCUUUGCCAUCGGCGCUGGCCCCGUCAGCGGCCUCAUAGUGCCGGAGCUCAACGAUGCGUGCGUCAGGGGGCUGCAGCGGGGCGCAGCGGUGCUGCAGCAGGGCCGCAAGGCCAGCAACGCGGUGUCUGCAGCCAUGGUGACCCACUGGGUCUGCAACGUGGCCAUCGGCCAGAACUUCAUGGCAUGGGUCGACAGGUUCGGGCUGUCUGCUGUGUACACGGGCUUCGCGCUGGCCUCGCUGAUCGGGGCCGCCUACAUCCAGGCCAACGUGCCGGAGACCAAGGGCAAGAGCUUCGGGGAGAUCCAGAAGGAGCUCAACGCGUGA